ACGAUGCAUUGCAUGGAUUGAUGCAUUUAUACAAAGUCUACAACCAAUAAACUCCAUCAAUACCUUUAAGACAUCAAGAUGACUUCCGAUGAUCAGCACUUCCUUGAUAUCCUCAGCAGCGUUUCCAAGGACAUCCGGAAGUUCAGCGCGAAUGCCUUUGAUGCUGCCGACAGACAGAUAGAUGCCGUCGCAUCAUCUAUAAAAGGCGCACUCGAUUCAAAAUCAUGGCUGCCGCAGUCAAUGAGACCCGAACCGCCGCCAACGAAACUUGCUCCUACCGCCGGCUACUGGGAUAGAGUUGUCGACUGGAUAUCAAAGCACAAGGCCAUUACCGCCGCUGCCAUAGCUUUCGUUGGGACCGGAGGUGCUCUCAUAUACUACCAGAGCAAUGUGCACAGUAGGAGGCGGAGGGCAAAGCGAGCGUCUAAUGGGGCGAGAAAAGAGGUGGUGGUAAUCGCAGGCCCAGCGGGAAGUCCUGUGACGAAAAGUUUGAUGCUGGAUCUGGAGAAGAGAGGGUUUAUCGUCUAUGUGGUCAUACAUACACUGGAAGAAGAAGACAUGAUCAAAGCCGAUGGCGCAGGGAGGACCGAUAUACGUCCAUUCCUUAUCAACAUCGCAGACCCGAGCGAGACACAAGAGGCAAUGCAACGAUUCAAAAACCUACUUCUGAGUCGCCACCAUGCAUUCCCAGGCGCAUCGCCUCACCAGCUAUCGUUCGCCGGCCUGAUCGUCGCUCCAGACCUCAACUAUCAGUCUGGCCCAGUAGAAACAAUAGCACCUCAACUUUGGUCUGACGCCCUGAACACCAAAGUUGUGGCAACAAUAACCAUCGCGCAAGCCUUUUUGCCCUCCAUUUGCGAAUUCAAGGCUCGACUGCUGGUUCUCACGCCGAACGUCGUAGCUUCGCUCAAGCCAGCCUUUCAUGGCAUGGAAAGCACGAUCGUAAACGCUCUAGACGGGUUCACGACAACGAUGCGACGCGAACUGUCGACCCUCGGCAUCUCGGUGUCGCAGAUCCGUCUCGGCAAUUUCGACUUCAGUCGUGACGGGGCGAGGAACCAUCUCCAGACUAUUUCUUCGUCGCGGACGCUGGCUUGGCCGCUCAAUGCCCGUCGACUGUACGCGCAGAACUACAUCAACCAGAGUCGGAUAGCGGAAGGCCAAGGUCUCUUCAGUGGCGGCGAGAACGGCAGCAUUGCAAAGGCUACGUCGCCGCGGGAACUUCAUCACACGGUCUUCGAUGCGCUAACGCAGUCGCGCCCGAAGAAGGUGUAUCGAGUUGGCAGAGGUAGCUUGGCAUACGAUAUCGUUGGCCAUUGGGUACCCGGCGGACUUGUCGGGUGGGUGCUGGGCCUGCGGAAAGUAAGUCUGGAGGAAAUCAAUGGACCUGCAGCAGGUUCGGGGAUCGAAGACAGCUUCCACUUAACCGCGCACAGUUGGGAAAAAAUCGAACGCGCGCAACCGGCCAUCUGAGAUUGUGUUUGCCCAACAUUUUGAUGAUCCAAAUUUGAUGUACUAUAGCUCUGACGAUAUCCACUACGCUUCCGACCAUUUGAAUAUGAGGGACAAAUCCAUGCACAAAGCAAUAGGGAUCAUACUAAAAUUAUCGCUACCUUUUUAUCCUCGCUAAGCCAUAAUGCAGAAAACUAAACGUUUGAUAAAAGUACUACUCAAAGU